CUGUUAAAGAAGAUGAAACUCCAUACGGAAUGGAUAAGGGUGUAGAAAAGCAAUGUGAGACAAGAAACAAACUAUGAUUGCACUAUCUCUAUGGUGGUUAUGGAUUACAGAGGCCUUCUGCUUCUCCUUCUUCUCUUCCUUCUUUCAUCAAACUCUGCAACGUCUCACUCCAUAGUGCGCUUCCUUCCUGGCUUCCAUGGACCCCUUCCUUUUCUACUUCAAACUGGUUAUGUGGAAGUGGGAGAAAGUGAAGCAGAGGAGAGUGCAGAACUAUUCUAUUAUUUUAUUGAGUCGGAGAAUGACCCCAAAGGGGACCCUCUUCUUCUUUGGCUAACUGGGGGACCAGGUUGCUCCGCUUUUUCUGGGUUAGUUUUUGAAAUAGGUCCACUGUCUUUUGAAAACCAGGAAUACAAUGGGAGCUUACCUAAUUUGAGACUGAAGCCACAAUCAUGGACAAAGGUAAGUAGCAUCAUAUUUGUGGAUCUGCCAGCGGGUACAGGCUUCUCUUAUCCCAAAACAGAACUUGCUGUUAAUCAAAAUGUCUCCAAGCUAGUUCGCCAUGCUCAUCAAUUUCUUAGGAAGUGGCUAAUUGAUCAUCCGGAAUUUCUCUCAAAUGAGGUGUACAUUGCUGGCGACUCAUUCUGUGGCCUUCCUAUUCCAGUUCUUGUUCAAGAAAUUUCAUAUGGAAACGAAGGUGGUAUCCAACCAUGGAUAAAUCUCCAGGGAUACAUUCUGGGAAAUCCCAUAACAACAUCCACUGAAAAAAACUACAAAAUUCCGUUUAAUCAUGGCAUGGCACUCAUAUCUGAUGAACUCUACGAGUCACUGCAAAGGAAUUGCAGAGGAGAGUAUCGCAACAUAGACCCCACAAACACAUUUUGUGCAAGGGACAUGCAAUCCUACGAGGAGUCUAUUUCAGGAAUUCAAGUUGGGCAUGUUUUGGAACCCCAUUGUGAGGAAUCUGCUCUGCGUAAUCCAAUUCAAGAUACUUGGAGCAGCAGGAGGUCCCUUGCUCAUGAAUCCUAUCCUCUCACAAUGCCACCUUUAUACUGUAGGACUCAUGCAUAUGUCCUUUCUAGCUAUUGGGCCAAUGAUGAUAAUGUCCGCAAAGCACUGCAUAUUCGUAAGGGAACUAAAGGGAAAUGGAAGCGGUGUAACUAUGACAUACCUUUUAAGACUGAUAUCUCUAACAGCUUUCAAUAUCACGUCAAUCUCAGCAGAAAAGGCUACCGUUCAUUGAUAUACAGUGGGGAUCAUGACAUGGUAGUUCCAUUCCUAUCUACACAAGCUUGGGUAAGAGCUUUAAACUAUUCCAUCGUCUCUGACUGGAGGCAGUGGUAUUACAAUGGCCAAGUGGCAGGAUACACGAGAACUUACUCAAAUCGGAUGACAUUUGCAACCGUGAAGGGUGGAGGGCACACAGCUCCGGAGUACAAACCUGAAGAAUGUUUAGCCAUGUUCAUGAGAUGGAUAUCUAAUAAGCCACUCUGAGCCUAGGGCAUGCCAAAACAACAACCCCAUAAAUAAAGGAUAAACCUACGUUGUUAUAAAUAUAUUUGUUAAACUAAAAGUGCAUUAGAUCCUACUGUUUUAUUUUCUUUUAUGGUUUAUGUUGUCAUUAAAAGUUUUAUUUUAAAUGAAAGUUACUUUAUUGAAA